AACAGCUCCUUUGGUUACAAACAUUAUGCAAACAUCAUGGUGAACAUGAUGCCUGUUGACGUGUAUUUUAGUUUGAGUUUCUUUGUGUGUUUUCAGUGUGCGUGUCUUUAGUUCCUGGUUGUGUGAGGGACGGCACGAGAAGUAACUGUAUAUAAGAGCUGGUGUUUCUCCUGUUCAGCACCUCCACACAGGACGACUGAAGCUACUGACGCUGACAAGGAAGAAGAGAAGAUCAUUCUGCAGCAGGUAAUCAUCAUCUUUGACAUCUGCAUCAUCUCCACCAUGAAGAUGCUGACUGUGUCUGCACUUCUUUGUGCCAUGAUGGCUCUGACCACAGCUGCUGCUCUUCCAGGCGCAGGGGAUGAACCUGGGACAGAGGGAACUAUUGUCCAAGCUCGUCCAGCCGCAGAGGCCGGAAAUUCUACCGACUCAACAGCAGAGGGUCAUGUUGUCAAGAGGUCCACAUCUUGUCCUGGUGGUUGGACUGAGCUCAAUGGUCGCUGUUUCCUCUACAUUCCACGAACCAUGACUUGGCCUCAGGCUGAGAAAAACUGUCUGGUCUUGGGUGGAAACCUUGCAUCUGUGCACAACAUUCAGGAGUACCGUGCGAUUCAGAAUAUAACAGCGAGGAUCACUCGUGAUCAGAAAGAAGCAUGGAUUGGAGGGUCUGAUGCAGAAGAGAACGGAUCUUGGUUCUGGAGUGAUGGAACGGGUUUCUACUUUUCUAACUGGUGUCCUGGAGAGCCUAUUAACGAUCGUUGGCAGAACUGUCUACAAAUUAAUUAUUCAGGUCAGAAAUGCUGGGAUGACGUGUCGUGUGAUCGUCAGUUACCCUCUGUCUGUGUUAGAAAACGCUGAUAAAGGCAUGAAGUACCUGUCAAAAACACAAACACUGAUCAACCUGUGUUUGUGUGUCUGCUUGGAAACUCGUCUCUCUUUACACCACAGUCUCAUAUAUAACCUGAAGGCUCUAUAUCUCAUUUCACAUCUUUAUUCUUCUCUAUCGCUGUAACACUACUGAAGGAACGAAGCAACAAGUGACAUGAACUGGAGCUGGAUUGUCUCUGAGGCCUCUAAUAAGGGCAGACUGGAUGUGUUAUGAAAAUAAUGCUUUAAGCACAACUUUAUUCUGCAGAGUGAACUGUUCUUUCUUUGUCUUUAAAAGACAAAAUUAAAAGUCUCAAGCAUUGAAA